AUGCGCGAGGUCUUCACGCGGGGCUCAGGGGUACCCGGGCUUCUCGCGAUACACCAGGAUGCCUCGGGCAUGGCACGACAUCGGCCUGGCCUAUGCGCGUGGCGUCGGGUGCACCCGAGCCGGCGUGCUGGACACGACCUUCAAGGAGGAGACGGAGACCGACCUGUUCGGCGAGCAGUCCGUCCUCUGCGGCGGCGUCACGGCGCUGAUCAAGGCCGCGUUCGAGACGCUGGUGGAGGCCGGGUACCAGCCGGAGUCGGCCUACUUCGAGUGCAUGCACGAGCUGAAGCUGAUCGUCGACCUGCUCUACCAGGGCGGCAUGGAGUACAUGAGGUACUCGGUCAGCGACACGGCCGAGUACGGCGACUACUCGCGCGGCCCGGCCGUGAUCGACGAGCACGUCAAGGAGAACAUGAAGCGGUGCUGGAGGCGGUCCAGGAUGGCAGCUUCGCCCGCGAGUGGAUCGCGGAGAACGACGAGGGCCGUCCCCGCUUCGACCGGCUCCGCAAGGAGAACGCGGAGCAUCCCAUCGAGAGUGUUGGCAAGGAGCUGCGCGGAAUGAUGUCGUUCCUGAAGGAGGCCGACUAG